GGGCCUCGGCCCUCCCCGCCCCGCCGGCCGCGGUCACACACUCGGAGCCUCCCCGUGCGCGCGAGCAGGAGCCCGGGCACCGAUGCGCCGAGGCGGGUGCUGAAGCGGUGCAAGGAGCAGCGGAGAAGGCGGUGGCCCCCCGCCCUGUGCCGCCGCCAAGCCCGGGCCCCAAGUUCCCACCAUGAGCAGCCGGCGCCGGGGUCUCCGCAGCUGCAGGGGCUCCAUCCCGGCCGAACGCAGCCGCCGCGCGCAGUGGCCCCAGCGAGCCUAAGGCGGCCGCUCCCGGUGCUGCCGCCGCCGCCGGUCGGUCUCGUCCCCGCCGCCGCUUCGCCGCCGCCACGCCGCCAGCAGCAUGUCUCGAAGGAAGAUUUCCUCCGAGUCCUUUAGCUCCCUCGGCUCCGACUACCUGGAGACCAGCCCCGAGGACGACGGGGAGUGCCCCCUGUCUAGGCUCUGCUGGAACGGCAGCCGGAGCCCGCCCGGGCCGCCCGAGCCCCGCGCGCCGGCAGCCGCCACCGCCCCGGCCCCGGCUGCCUCCGCUGCGGCUGCCGCGGCCACGGCCGGGGCCAGGAGGGUGCAGCGCCGGAGGCGGGUCAAUCUGGACUCUCUGGGUGAGAGCAUCAGCCGCCUGACGGCGCCCUCGCCUCAGACGAUACAGCAGACUCUCAAGAGGACAUUGCAGUAUUAUGAGCACCAAGUUAUUGGUUAUAGGGAUGCAGAAAAGAAUUUCCACAAUAUCUCUAACAGAUGCGCCUAUGCAGACCAUUCCAGCAAAGAGGAAAUUGAAGACAUCUCAGGAAUUCUCCAGUGCACUGCCAAUGUACUCGGUUUGAAGUUUGAGGAAAUUCAAGAGAGAUUUGGUGAGGAGUUCUUUAAUAUAUGCUUUGAUGAGAAUGAGCGAGUCCUUCGAGCUGUGGGUGGCACAUUGCAGGACUUUUUUAACGGCUUUGAUGCCCUGUUGGAGCACAUUAGAACUUCUUUUGGAAAACAGGCCACUCUGGAGUCUCCGUCGUUCUUGUGCAAAGAGCUCCCCGAAGGUGCACUUCUGCUCCACUACUUCCACCCUCACCCUGUGGUGGGCUUUGCAAUGCUGGGCAUGAUCAAGGCCGCAGGAAAGAAGAUCUACCGGCUGGACCUGGAAGUGGAACAGGUUGCAAAUGAGAAACUGUGUUCUGAUGGGUCAAACCCAGGCAAUUGUAGCUGUCUGACUUUUCUUAUCAAAGAAUGCGAAAAUAGUAAUAUCACGAAGAACCAUCCCCGGGGGACCUCGCAGGUUCCCACGGACCUCAGAAUUAGCAUCAACACCUUCUGCAGAGCCUUCCCUUUCCACUUGAUGUUCGAUCCCAAUAUGUCAGUCCUUCAGCUGGGGGAAGGCCUGCGGAAGCAACUCCGAUGUGACACUCACAAAGUGCUCAAUUUUGAGGACUGCUUCGAAAUUGUUUCUCCCAAGGUUAAUGCCUCAUUUGAAAGGGUCCUGCUCCGACUGUCCACCCCGUUUGUGAUUAGAACCAAGCCUGAGGCUUCUGGUACUGAAAAUAAAGACAAGGUGAUGGAAGUCAAAGGGCAAAUGAUCCAUGUCCCAGAAUCUAACUCAGUUUUAUUCCUGGGCUCUCCGUGUGUGGACAAGUUGGAUGAACUUAUGGGGCGAGGGCUGCAUCUUUCCGACAUUCCGAUCCACGAUGCCACCCGAGAUGUCAUUUUGGUUGGUGAACAGGCAAAAGCCCAAGACGGCUUGAAGAAGAGGAUGGAUAAAUUAAAGGCAACUUUAGAAAGAACUCACCAGGCCCUGGAAGAAGAGAAAAAGAAAACUGUCGAUCUUCUAUAUUCCAUCUUCCCGGGCGACGUAGCCCAGCAGUUGUGGCAGGGACAGCAGGUGCAGGCUAGAAAGUUUGAUGACGUUACCAUGCUCUUCUCGGACAUCGUGGGCUUCACGGCCAUAUGUGCCCAGUGCACCCCUAUGCAGGUGAUCAGCAUGCUGAAUGAACUGUACACCAGAUUUGAUCACCAGUGUGGAUUUUUGGAUAUUUAUAAGGUGGAAACAAUAGGUGAUGCCUACUGUGUUGCCGCAGGACUGCACAGGAAGAGCCUCUGCCAUGCCAAGCCCAUUGCCCUGAUGGCCCUGAAGAUGAUGGAACUUUCAGAAGAGGUGCUGACACCUGAUGGAAGACCAAUUCAGAUGAGGAUAGGCAUUCACUCGGGCUCCGUGCUGGCUGGCGUCGUGGGGGUGAGGAUGCCCAGAUACUGCCUUUUUGGAAACAAUGUCACACUGGCGAGCAAAUUCGAAUCUGGAAGUCACCCUCGGCGCAUCAAUGUCAGUCCUACCACUUACCAAUUGUUAAAGCGGGAAGAAAGUUUCACAUUCAUUCCUCGGUCCCGUGAAGAGCUUCCAGACAACUUUCCAAAAGAAAUCCCUGGAAUCUGCUAUUUCCUGGAGGUAAGGACUGGUCCAAAGCAGCCCAAGCCUUCCCUUUCAUCAUCCAGAAUAAAAAAGGUUUCCUACAACAUCGGCACCAUGUUCCUCCGGGAGACAAGCCUCUGAGACCUGCUGCAGAUCAAAGACUUCUCCUAAAAGCACAAGCCCAGAGCCUGGGUCACGGCAGGAGAGUGCAAAGAGAUUCUCUUUCACUGCUUUGUUGUGACAAGUGGUGGAAUUUCUGUGUUCUGUCAGGCAAUAAUCCUAGCAAAAGGUGGGCGAGGAUACCAAUAGAACAGCGGAGGGCAUGGGGAACUAAGGUGUGUCCAUCCAUGUGAGUGUUGCUGGUCAUAUAUAUAUAUUUUAAUUACUGCUAUGGGCCCCCUUUCAAAACUAACCACUAAAUAGAUUCUAUGUUUUGAUGUUUGUCACACAUACAGUUACAUUUCCCUGUAUAUAUGUAUCACUUUUGAGACAGUUUUGAUUCUCUAUUCCCACAUUUAGUGAGUUGGUAUGUGAGGAAUAUUUUCUAAUUUUGUUUUUCUGAACAGACAUUUCAUACAUAUAUCAUGGCCGUGUGGUAAACUUCCCAGCAGGAAGAACUGUAACUCAGCAAAAUAUUUUAGGGAUAUUACCUAUUUUUAUACAUAUCUCUUCUAGAUAAUUACAUUUCACACACCACUAUUAGAUUUUCGGAAUCUGCUACUGUAUAGUUGGUAUAUUAUGUAACGCUAACCUAUUAAUCUAAUAUAUGUGUGUCUGCUUAGUAAAUAUAUCUUUUCGAUUUUAUUAAUAUAGCAUGGAAUACAGAGGGAAUGGGAUUUCCUAAUAGCAGAUAUGCCUGUAACUAAGAUUAAGGAAAGAUCUUUGUGUCAUCUUCUAACAAAUAUUAGUGCAUAUCAAAUGAAAUGCUCUGCUCCUUUGGACCCUUUUGAACUGAGCACUUAUAGGUGUAGUUUUGGCCACAUGCUAAACUGCAUUCUAAUAAACAGCAUCUACCAAAUGACAGGUUAGUAAUAUCUCCCCUUUCCAUGCCCCCAUGGCUGUCUCCUAAGGACUAACUAGCACUCGGGAGCAGACAAUGCUGGCAUUAGGCAGAAAGAGGUAAAGAACACUUUCCCAGGAAGGAUGUUUAUUCUUGUAUAAUUAAAAGGAAAAACCUUCAUGCACACUGAAGUAGGUCUAACCUUCAGACCUAGUCAUCACCAUAGUUACAGAUAGGCUUUCAUCGCAUGUUGUGCUAAAAUGAAGACCUGCUCCUGACUAACACUGCAUGAAAAUAUUAUUACAGACUUACCCUGAAAUUAGGAGCACAGUGCAUCGAGAGUUUUCUGAUUUUGGAACAAAUAUAAAACGAAGUUUCCAUUGAGGCCAUUGAAUCGGAAGCAUUUGUUGCCUUGAAAUCGUGAGGUGGCCCUUUUCUGCUCCAAUUUAUAGUCAGUCUAUUCAUUGCUUGCUUAUGUCUACUGAAGGCAAUAUGGUUCUUUUUCUGGUCAGAGAUUUUUGCUGUGUUACGAUGUGGUCAUUUGCAUAAUUCUACUGGCCGAUGUCGCCUGAGGCUUAAUUUGUGUUUUCAAGUUCUCUAAGUGUGUGACUAGAAAACAUUUACAGAUCUGCAAAGUGUUUGUCAUAUGGUGAUGACUCCCUCUGUCCUCUCCCUGAGGCAACGCUCUGCAUAUGGAGGAGAGAGGACGUGGACCCUGACAGCUCCAAAUUCCUACCUGCCUCUCUCUUCCUGAGUCUACAUCUCUGUUUUUUCACCACACACAGAAUGAGAAGACCAGGGUGCUUAGGUGGGGGGCUUGCAGGCUGAGGACAGGGAAUAAUGACACACAAAGGAAUCUUUUCGUGAAAGUGGGAGAUUAACCCACUUCCUUCACAAGGGGACACAGGGGAGUCUUACAGUCAGUGUGGACAGAACAGGCCAGAAGCAACUCAAUUCUCAUGCCGAGAAUAAGAAAGGCUUUUAAUGUGCUGAUGGCCUCUUUCAAGCAGGGUAUGUGGGGAGAGAACGAAGUGCACUGAAAUUGUUGUUACCUGACAGUACCUUGAGCUUAAAUGAUACAGUAUAUCAAAUAUUUUGGUGGUAAAAAUGUGUUUUAUAGCAUAAGCUGAAAGGGACUUGAAGGACUCAUCCAGUCUUUCUCUGCUUUUUGUAAAAUUUUGUCUAAGCAAUUGUAAUCAUAUGGUUAUUUGCUCUAUACUUAAGAAUAUAUAUGGGAAGCAUAUUGUAAAAGUAUCAUUGAAAAUCCACAUCAGUAUCUGGUAGUUGGUAAUAGGACACAAAAUAAGAAUUGUAUAUACAUUCAAUUUGUCAGAAGAAUCACAAACUCUCAGAUUACAUGAUUUUACACAGAAAAGAAGUAACCACUUUUACAUACAGGUAUCAUGAUGAGGAACAUGUCAGAGAUCAGAUAGGAUGUGAGCUGCUUCUGUCCAACAACAUAGGAGGCAGUCUCUCCUCUGUACCAUUAGCCAACCCAGUAUAGUUGAUUAUUACAGUUAUUCUGUUGCUAUAUUUGUUUGCAAGGUACUGUAUAAAAUAGCUAUUAUUCUAGCUGCAGCAUAGAAUUUAGCAGCUAUGGAAAAGCACUGUAUUUUUAUUUGUCCCAAAUAGUCUCGCUAUCUUCUACUGGAAUUGUGACUCCAAGUGUGGGUGGUAGCUGGGAUCUCAUUUGAUGAAUAUCUAUAUGGUAUUUUUACUUCCAGUUAUAGAUAUCAUAUAUUCUAUAUUCUAAUGGAUGUCCCAUUAGAUACCAAAUGGUAUUAAAAUUGGGAAAAUGAUUUUAACCCACUCUACAAGGGAUACUCCAAUUGGCACAUAUAGCUCCUCUGUCUUAAUGUUCUUUUUUUUUUUUUUUUUUUUAAAGAUUUAUUUUUAUUUAUUUAUACAAGCACUGGGUACAGUCAGAAGCGCGGGAGAGUGAGAGAAUUCACCAGAGCCAGAGGGGGGGAGCAGAGCAGGCAGAAUGACCAAAGUACACUGCUGAGGGGAGCAGCGGGCGGCAGGAGAGGUCUGCACGCCAUGUGGGACCCUCCUCCGGUGGCCGGGGAGCAGCCGGGAACGAACCGGCACUUCAGAGGCUGCGGGCAGCUUCGCAACCCAGCGCUCAACCGCUGCGCCACCUGGGAGGCCCUGUCUUAAUGUUCUUUUAAGCAGCUACUCUGAAGUUGCUUUUUUACUACCUGUCAGUACCAAAGCUGCCCAUUGGCAUCGACAUCAUUUUGAUGGACACAAUGUCACCAUUUGCAAAUACAUCCAUUCCCUCUCUAGACAUACCCCAAAACACACUACUGUCAUGUGCUCGUGAGACUGAUGUGCUGUCUUCUGUGCUAAUGAAGCCUCUUGUGAACCUUAAUCACUACACCUCAUGGUAUAGCAGAAAGAACAACACUCAGUGCCUGGAGAACAUAGUGCCUGGGGUCUGUCGACAGUGCAGUGUGGUGUGAAGGGAGAAGGAAGAUAGGGUUUCUAAGUAACAGUACCCAACUCUGUUUAAACCCACCUCAAGCUCAUCUCUUCUUUUAGGCUCUAACUUUUUUGGGCUUUCCUUUUGGUCCCUGGGUCUGUGGAGCCCAGUGAGCUGGGGCCGGUGGAGACUCUGACACUGGUCAGUGGCUCUGUAGUCCAGACUGCACAAGUGAGCUCUCACAGUCUACACUGUUCCUCCCAUGAGUGACAGUGGCAUUAGGAACAGCAUGUUUGAGUGUGUGUCCACAUGGGUGUCCCUCCAGAAAAAAAAAACAGGAAAGUAGGACAGCAGCAUGAAAUCUCACUCACAACUCUAGCAAGGCUUUUCAUUUUGCAAAUUCCUCCAUUGAGUUCCAGCAAUGAAGCAAAAUUAAACUGUCAGAGACAAAAGGUAAAGCACAGGGAAUUUGGAAAACCACCAGUCUCAGUAUAUUUUGCAGAAUCCUGUUGUUAUUAAUUGAAAGAGUGUAUUUGAGGUUGUCAGGUAUAAGAAGGAACUUAAGAUUAUGACCUUCAUUAAGAUAAAUUUGAUGUUGUAGAUCACAGGACAAGGAAUAAAACUUCUCCAUGUAGGGUUCUGCCUUGUCCUGCCUUUUGAGCUCUACUUCAUUCAUGCCCAGACCUGCUUUUCCUCCACACUCACUGGAAACCACCUCAGCCCCUCAAGCUUGGUACCACCAAACAUCAUCCCCUCUGUGCCUCUGAGGGGGUGGCCACAGAAAGAGUUGCUGAUGCCUACUUCAGGCAGUUAGGAAGACCCACACCUUUCCAGGCCCUGGUAACAAGUGCACUUCUGCAGUGGACUAACCAUUCUCUAUUGUGCAGGGGGCAUUGCUGACACAGACAGUUUCUCCCACCACCUUUUCUUCAAAAUACACUCUGACUCUAGACACUAGGUGCAACCUCAUUGAACUUUCCUUCUAAACCAAUUAUGUGUGAUGGAACCGGCUUUGGGGUAGCACCAGAUGCCUUUCAGUCAAUGAUAUCUAGAAACAUCAGUCCAGAGACCCAGCAUUAGAUCAGAGUCUGGGUAUUCCUAUUAUUAGAUUAUGUCUGAACUACAAAAAAUUGUCAUUUCAGAGACUUCUGUGGCAUAUCUUAUAAGAAAAAGCCUGAAAAACAUGAUGCAUGAGACUGAAUUAUUAAAAUUUAAUAUAUUCCAGUCCAAAUGAUGAUUCUAUAUGGGUAGCUCUUGAUUUGAAUAUACUUAACUCACAACCGGCUGAUUUAACACACACAUAAAUUGUGUUAACAUGACUGAACAUUUUAUGGUUAAGUGAAUAAAUUGACCCCAGCUGUGGACUCAACUUCAGGAUCCUUGUGGUGAAUAAAGAAUAGAGAUUAUAUAAAGAUUAACAUAAACCCUGACAGAGUAUACUAAGAUAGUGUGCAAAAUUCCUUCCUCACACUUGAUUCAAAUAAUUGAAAUCUAAGUAGUAGUACUGUCCUCUACCUUUCUGUUACCUUUCUUCUUCUUCCUUUCAUUAGGGGGGGAAAAGCCAUCUGUACAUUUAUUAUACUGGGAGAAUCACAACCAUUUGCAAUCUUAUGUUGUAAAAUAGUUUAAUUUUACAGUGUCUUGAAUGUUCUUAGUUGGUAUGCGUAUGUUUGUUGAACGUAGAUGUUCCAGUGGCAUUUUGGAAGGACUUGGGAUGUAGCAAAAUGAUGUAGCAAAAUGAUGUUUGUAUCUUUAUUUCUAAUAUGUCAUGACUAGACCACAAUUUUAGUCAAGUGCCUAGUGGCUAUAUGGUCUUUACUGAGCUGUGACCCUGCUCAUCAACUCAUCAGCUUGGCUUUGUAAGAAUUACCUAGGCAACUUUUAGGCAUACAAAUUACUGGGCUUUGCAUGCCUGGAUUUGGAUUCAGUAGGUCUCAGGAGAAGCCCAGAGAUCUGUAUUUAGAAAAUCACUCUAGGUACUAACAUCCACUCAGAUUUGAGAAACAUUGGAGUAUAUUCAAAUAAUCCCAAUUACUAGGAAUAAAUACAAGUUAAGAUAACCAUACCUUACUUCACUUGUGGUUAUUUUGAAAAGUUAAAUGUUUCUGGCUUUGUGCCCUUAUUUCUUUCACAACUUAUUUGUGCUUUGGUUUCAAAUGUGUGGUCUGUUUUCUGAACAUGUGGCUUUAAAUUUAUUAGAAACAGAAGUCAACACUGAUAAGCAUGAGGGAUGAAUAUUGCUCACUAUAGGGCUAUUAGGCAUACUAGACAUGAUACCGUUUCCUUGGUUACUGCCAGAGCAGUACGUCACAGAAUUUACUGAUCCUCACCACUGAGAUAUAAACUAGGGACAGAGAAGCAAAUGUCAAAAUGACAGUCUUAUUUCUGAAUGCUUUGGUUUUUAUGUUAUGAAAAAUCGCCAACUUAAUACUUAGUCUCACUGUACUUUUCACAUUGAAUUGUACAGUCAUCUGAAAGUGAUUUCCAGCAAUACCUUAUAUCAACCUUUCAAGCAAUAAUUUAAGCCAUGGUGAUAAUGUCAUAUGAAACUUGUACUUUGGGGCACUUCAUAGAAUCUUUAGGGAAAUAGACACUUGUUUUUUAUAAGCAAUAAUAAUAGCUGGUGUGGAAUUUUCAAAGAUAUUCAUCAUUCUACUAUAGCAAAGCAAGCAGCAAGUGAUCCAGAUUAAAAAAAUCUGACCAAAUGACGUGCUUACUCUAUCUCAAAAGUCAUUCAUUUGCAAGCAUGCUAUAAAGUAAUUAAUAUGUUCCAUCAGAUUAUUUCUGUUGCUUAAUUUUAAAUACCUGUCAUGAUUUCUGUUUCUCUCAAGAGAAUUGUGGGUAUCUGUAAUACCGCCCAGAUUUUCAGGUGUUUAUAGUGUAUAAUAGAAAGGGGUAGUUAAUGAUGGGUACAUGACUAGACGUAGGACACAGUUUGGAUAAAUUGAUUGAAAGUAGGCUUUGCCAAAAUAUGGCAGGGUCUUAAGACAAGCUAGUUAAUUCAGAUGUUGUUUGAUAAGAUUAAAUAUUAAAAAAAGCUCAUUAUCACUGUUUUCUGUGAUGGCAAAUGUUUAGUAACUAUAUAGUUCUUUUAGCUACAGCAUAUGACUGGCUGAAAGUUAUCUGUAGCGUAAUCAAUGCUGAAAACAAUUAGUCAUAUUGAAAAUAACCUGCCCUUCUCGGUUAUUUUGUCCAAUUUACAGAUUCCAAAAUGAGAAAUAUUUUUCUCUUACUUCAUAAAAUACAAUUUUGAUCAUAUGUGGCAUAGUCAUUAAUAGUCCUCUCGUAUAUGCCGUCACUUAUAAUAAUGUAUUAGGAUAGCUAAAAGCAUCUGAGCAUCUUCUAAGCAUUAGAUGAUUACUUAGCAAAGUCAUAUAUGCUUAAGAUCCAUUCCUUAGCCUCUAAAUAAGAUUAUAGCUCCUAUUAUUGACAGUUGGGUAAAUUCCUUUCUCAUUAUGAGUCUGAACACAAUUGGAAUGAUGGUUGGGCUUGCUGGUAUUUUACCUUCUUGUCACCCAUAGCAAAGUUUAAUUUAGCAUCCUUUUGCUCGCAAUUUAGAUUUCCCUAUGAAAUCAAGCAGGAGUAUUGAAUCACUGAGAAAGUUUUUGAUAAUUACCUUUUUGUAUAUAAUUAAAUGCUAAAAACCCUUAAUAAGCAUGCUUUUGAUUAAUAAUGGAAAACAUUUAAUUUUAUCCAUUAAAUUCAUUCACAUAGCUAAACUCAUCUAGUUGCUGAUCAGAGAAUUCAUAACAUUAGGCUUUAUUGCUCUUGCUCAUUAUUUGAAAGCAGAAGAGACAAGGGAAACUUACUGGCAAGCCCAAGUAAUGUCUCACUUCUGAUUCUUUUGAUAUAUAAUUUAAAAAUAAAGGAAUCAGUUUAUAUAUAGCCUUCCUCUCUGGCCUUUUUACCAUUGAUCCUGUGGGAGAGAUAAAGAAGAAUUUAUACCAAACACAUUUUUACUAUGGUCUAUUAAAUGUCAUUUAAUAUAAGUAGGACAGUAAUGUAGUUAAUUGGGGUAAAUCAGAAAUGUGCAAAAUUUCUUCUUUGAACACCUCACUUUUUAAGGGUAAUUCCUUCUGUUUUUCUGCCUAGCAAGGUGUGUGAGAGACUCAGGAUACAGGGGUAGGUGGAGGGAGUGGCACAGGCUAGAGCUUUCAAUGAGGUUAAGCAGAGAAGUUAAUUUUUUUUUUCCUUCCUGAGGCACACUCUUAAGGGAGAGGCAGUUUCCUAACAGACAACCCUGGUUUGAUGAAAACCAAAUAACUUCUAUGACUCAGGUCACUUUUGUUCUAAAAAGAGAUGAAAAAGCCCUUCAGAAUUCAUUUUCAGAUUCCUCAGAAGGUGGUGUCAACCUCUCUGCAGUUGCCCAUAUUGGUGAAACUGGUGUGAGGAACUCACAGAGCUGUAGAGAGGAACUCUCUGAAGAUGGCAGACAGAGCUAGUCUUUGUUACAAUGAUGAAGGUAAAUGAAAGUGUCAGAACAUCUGGACUGAAGUAAAACGGACAAAUACCAACUCUGCCAUAUGUCACAGGAAAGCGUGCUAAAAUUGGCACAAAAAAACAGACUAUCAAGCAAUAUUGAAACAAAACACUUACUCCCUUUCAUAACAUGCCAGUGAGAAGAAUGCAAUUUGAUUUUAUACAUUUUUGUUGUUGUUAGGACAUUACAGAAAUGACAUCUUUCCAUAGUUGGGAAAUUUAAUUUCAGAGAAUGGGAAACAGUUGUUCUGUGUCCUAAAAUCUGUAGAAUCUUUUGGUGGGGAAAUACUAUUUUCCAUAGUCUUCAUACUAUUCUCAAAUCAGGCCUUUGCUUGCUAGCAAAAGAAAUGCUCAACUUUAGAAAAUAGCCUUCAUGACCUCAGGUCCACCCAUUUCAUCUGGGGGUGCUCCAGAACUUGGAGCAUCACCCCAGAGAAUUUGGGGAUGUUCUGUGGGAGAAAUGAAAAUUCAUGCUGUUUCCUAAAAUUAAAAGUGAUUAGGUCACUUCUUAAGACUGAUAGAUGUUUCACUUCCAUGUAGCUACUUAAUUCAAGUUUGCUUAAAUCAGAGUUUGUUUAGAAUGAAAAUUUUAAAAAGAGGGACCUAACUAACAAUUUCAAUCAGAAUUAUCAGGUAAAAAAAAAUAUUUAGGACAAAGAUCUGCUGUCUUGAGAGAGUAAACUAACAUUAAAAAGUCAGAAUGCUACAGACUCUCUCAAGUUUCCUAAAUGUAUCUGAGAAAGAAAAAUACCAUAGUUGCUGGAUUUCUUAAGAUUUUAGUCCCUAGAAAUAACACAUGAGUAUGAAUUACAUUUAAUUUUUUUCCUUCAUGUUUUCCAUUUGUUACAGGAAAAAAAUGAUGUUGUAAGUCAGUCAAAUUUGACAUUGAGACACAUGAACGUUUGCAAAUUUGGCAACAUUCUUUUACUUAAAAUCAUAAGCUGGUUUUAGUAAUGCCAAGGUUAAUGCCAAGGUUAAGGAUAGCAGUCAGUACUAUAUUCAGACUGUUCACAGUGGAUUACAAAGCAAACCAUCUCAACUUCCAAGAAUAAAAUCUAAGUCAAAGCCGAUGUAUGAUCCAAAUCAUUUGAGGAAAAAAUAUAUGUAUUUCCAUCACCCGUGACUAACAAGAAACUACUCAUUUCCAUUCCUAAUGAAACCUUAAUUCCUACAGCAGUUCUACUUAUUUUGCCUCCCCAUGCAUGAUCUGGGAUCAAUAUAUUUGUGUAUAGCCACGUAAACCAUUUUUUUUUCUUGUUUGAAUUUUUGUAGCAUUUUAAUUUCAAAUCCAUAGUUAAAGUGAAAGAAAAUACUGCAGUGGUCAGAUAAUUAAUCAACAACAACAUUUUGAUUAACAUAAUUAAUCAAAAUCUGCCUCCAGAUUUUAUCGGUACAAAUUACCAUGUUGAUAUCAAAGCCUAACCCUGGCAUAGAGUCUCAGAUAAAUGGCUUUCAUACUAUUUGAUUAGAAACAUUAUUAGACUCUUAUAGAUCUCAUGCCAGCUGAGGUUUAGAUAAAAAGAAGAGUGUAUAAUUGAAGUAAUUCAGGAAGAUUUUUAAAAAUUUGUGAAUUUUUGUUCUUGGUGUGCAAAGAUCAGUAUUAGUGGGUGGCAGCCAAAAUUACUAUUCUUGUUUUCAUUUGUUUCAAGUGUGUCACUGGGCACUUCUAAAAUCUAUCCUUUUUAUUUAUGUAACAAUCUGACCUGGAAUAGCCGGCACUCACUGUUUUUGCUUUUGAUCCUUAAAAACAAUUUUCUUCCUAUCUAAAAGAAUAGCUCCUACUUAUGCAAAUGAAUAUUUGAUUAUACAGGUGUCCCAUUUUACAAGCAGACAUGAAAUGUUUUAGUUGGAUUCAGCUGGACUUGCAAGCAGAGAAAGAUAGGACACCACUAGGGAAGAUGAAAAAUGACAAAAAUAAAACUUUGCCUACAUUUAAAAACAUCUGUAACACAACCCUGUUAACUUAGAGCACAAAUGAAAAUAAAUGGUAAGCCUGAUUAUAGAUUUUUAGACACAGUAUUCAUAUUUAAUGGAAUGUUAUAAAAUUCAGCAUGUCAAAACUUUGAUAAAACAAUUAAUGACUUUAAAACUAUUCUAAAAAGUAUCUUGUAUUAUAUAUGUCCACCAAAGCAGAAAUUAUUCUCUCUUGGGAAAUUUUGGUACUAUGUCUUUUAUCAAGAUUUGUAGGUGUGAUCUAAUUAAACAUCAAUAUAUUCUUUUUUUUUAAUAUUUUAUUUUAUAUAUAUUCUUUAGGCUAAUAAAAAACCAUGCAAGAAUCCAAACAUCAAUGUUUGCUAUUAUUUCUGAAGAAGACUCUUGUUGAAUGUAAAAUGAAUGAGCUAGCUAUAGGUUUAAGGGAUUAUCUGUGAAAACUAGGUCCUUAAAAUUUCUAAAUCCUCUUUUUGUUCCAUUCCUUCUGUCUGUCUCUUCUUCCAAAUUUCAUGAGGGCUAGGAAAUAGUUUACUAGUCUUCCUGGUGCCUCCCUUCUUAACUUUCACAUGUUAGAACACUAUGGAUAUAUGAGGAAAGGAAAACAAGGGAAGAAUUUAGAUGUAGAUUAUUUGAGGAGAGGAGGAACUGAGAGAAUUUAGACUUUGGCUUCUAGAGGCUUUAUAAGUGAAGACAAAUGUGGGUGUAUACAUGUUUUUCUCCACUGAAUUUAAACACUUUCUCAAGAAGUAUCAGGGUUAACCUAUUUGGACAACCUUAUAUUUUUGCCCUUACAAACAUCUUAAUUUAGAAAAAUCCUUGUAUUUUUCAAAUAGUCAAUAAUUACUUCAGUACCACACUGCUGAAGAUUAAAGUAGAAGUUUCUUUUAUUUGUAGGGAAAUAAUUUAUAAAAACCAUUUCCCAAUUAAGCAAAUAUACCAAAUGCUGGCUCUUUACUGAUACAGAAGGCUGUGUUCCUAGGGGCCAUCUUUGAAAACAUUUGCCAUCAAUUCUUUAAGUCUACUGUACUAAAAAAGCAAUAUACAAUGAAUUAUAUAUUUCUUAGCUCUAAGUCUUUGAGAUUUUAGCAUCUUUAGAAUAGCUGUUUAUACUUAUGUCAAAUAUUUAUUAAAAAGAGUAAAAUUAGGAAGAUAGAAGGGUAUGUUCUUCCAUUUAGGCUUUUAAGCACUCUAUUCUCCCAAACUGAAAAUUUCCUUCUUUUCAUGUUUUUUUAUGUUUUCAUUUGAGUAACAUAGGCACACUACUUAAGCUGUCUUCAUGACAUGUUUGUCAUGACAUGUUCACUAAUAUUGUGUAGAAAUAAUAUAACUUUGUCCUCUCUGGAGAGAAAUGCUUCAGUAAGUCAACUAGCCUUGAAUUUUGAGUCAUAUUAUUUGAACUUCUUUGUUAAGACACCUCAGCAGCCUCUCAUAACAGACCAAGUUGUUAAAGGAACGGAUAUGAAACAUUUAUUAAAAUUAAAAAUUUCAAAAGGGAGGAAUGUUUGGGCCAAUUUACUUAUAAUUUCAUGGGUCUGAAUUUUUGAUUUGGCUUGCAAUGUAAAUAAUAUUUCUCUGUUAAUGACUUUUCUUUAUUCCACACUGACUAAUUUGCUUUGAUAUUUUAAGAGACAGGCAGGUGCCAUAUGAAUUGACACCUAUAAAAAUAUACAUUUCUUUCUGUGAUUUUUCAUUGUUAAGAAAGCCUUUGUCUUGAAAUUAUGGGCAGCCUUAGUACUCUAUCAAAUGAAGAAAUAUGACCUUCAACACCUUUACUAUUUUAUUUCUCGAGGGAAACAUAAAAACAGAAGAAAUGUGGUUGAGAAAAACAGAAGUCAGGAUCAAAUUUGAACAACUGUGAUCCACAAAUCCCAAUUUCUUCUUCUAUUUAGUUGCCUUCUGCUAAAUCCAUAGUUCAUAUUGGCAAAGUUUAUAACCAUUUCCUUUUAAAAAAAUUGGAGUUAAGCAAGCAUUAUUCCAAAUGUGUGGAAAUGUUUUUUCUUUCACAUGGUCAUGGCAGGUGAUGACUACAGGGAUGUGAGGUUGGGUUCAGGUAGGAAAAAAUGACCCAUGAAGAGAAAUACUUUCUGAUUUUUCCUGGAGUUGGAUGAACAACUUUUUCUUUAAAACAAAAGUCUUUCUGGGAGUUUUGCCUUGGAAAAACUCUUAACAUUCUGUAACAACUGCCUGUGACAACAUUAUAUAACUUUAGGAAUCAAGCGACAAAACUGUCUCAUUAUGCUUUUAAAAUAUACCAAUUAAGUGCAUUCCAGAAAUACAUAUCAUUCCUCAUUUCAAAAUCAACCUACCUGAAUUCUGACUCUUCAACUGUGAGUAGCCAUUUUACAAAACCAAAGGGUCUCAUUUCCCAAACAUUAAUUUAGAUUUUAAAAACUUGCCUGCUCCUUACAACUCCUAAGAUAAUCAGUGCACUUCCAUCAAAUACUCUGGCACUAGAUAAUAAAAAAAAAAAUAGGCUCCCAACUCACUUAAUAAAAACACAGUUAAAAUGUGCUAGCCUUCAUUCACUUCCUCUGCAUGAGGUAGGUUUUUCUUAAACAGAUACCUGAAUUAUUUUCAUGUUUGGGCCAAUUCAUUUGUUGCAAUUUCAAGGGUCUAAAUUUUCGGUUUGGCUUGCAGUGUAAAUAAUAUUGUAUACCUGCUAAUUUGCUAUUAUCCUUUGUGAAUCAUUUCUUUGGAAAAUACAGUUAUCACAGUUAAAUUACAGUGUCAACAAAUAAUACCAGGUAAAUAUACUAGUAUAUCUGUAGGGCAUGGUUAAAUUGCAUAUAUUUUGAAAUGUCAAGCUAUUUUUUCCUGAUUUUUUAAAGAUGAAUGCAUCUCUUAAACCUGUACCAUUAAUUUAAAAAAAGUUUCAUUUGGUGUUUCAGAUUAUAUUAUAUUUUAAAAUAUUUUCCUUUAUCUAGUAGUACAGGUUUAGAGAAUCUUUUUUCUGACUGAAAUAAAAUAUGCCUCAUUUCACUAGAAUUUUAAGAGUACUAGAACAUGUAAAUGUAUGUAAGCACUUCUAGGAUUAUAAACAUACAUUGUAUCUUUGCUUUUUAAUGCAACACCACUUUUUACUCAUUUGAUUAUGUUUAUUUGUAACUAUUCUAAGUCACACACAAUGUAAAUAGCAUGUUUCAUUAAGCAAAUGUCUUUGUAUUUACAGACUGCAGAACAAGAAAAAUUUGUAUAUGAAAAAAUGAGUGAUGAAAACCUGGAAUUCUUAUAAAACAAAGUGGAAAUGACAGUUACAUGUUUGAUUUACAUAAUUCAUUACAAAACUAUCUGUUUAAGUCAUGCAUUUAUUUAUCUUAUAAGUCCAAACUGUCACUUAUAAAAUAUUUAAACCAAUAAAUAACACCAAAAAUAAGUAUAGAGUCUUUUUAGCCUAUUUUUUCAAACUGUGAAUGACAAUAACUGAGAAUAUGAAUGCGUAAUAACUCAAAGAAUGGGGAACAAAUAAAUCAAUGAAUGGAGUAUUUUCAAUGCAUUAUUACUAUGUCUAAAGAUGAGUCUACAGUAAUAGGCAUACCCAAUUUUAAAUUAAUUUUGUAAUAUGCAAUCUACCCUUAUAAAAUCAAACAGCACAGGUCACAGUGUGUGUUGUUUCAUUUACUCUGAAUAAACAGAUAUCCCUUGUAUUACAGUGUGGUUAUAUCUCAAUAAAGCCAUCCUAAAUUGAAAAUAUU